CGAUAGCAGAAGGAAUCUAGUAUGAAUACUCAAUUGAACCGCCAUGGAUCCGAAAAGUCAACCUGCAACCAAAAGAAUGAUUAAUUUCUGAGUUAUUUAUUCCAUUGUGACGUUAAUCACCAAGGUGGAAAUCUAUACCCCGGGAGAGUGCUCUGCAUGGGGACUACUAGAAUGCAGUUAAAAGAGUCUGGACACAACAUAGAACGGUGAUAUGGACAGUGUGCCUGUGCGUAGAAAUUCUCGUGUUACCAGUCACAGCUAGUGAACGUCAUGGAGGCCAUUGCGUUAGUUGUCUGCUUCAUAACACUGUUUGUUGCAAGUGGCAGAUCACAAUUCGUCUUUACAGUGCAGGGUAAUAUUACUGCCGACGGGUCUGAGGCACCGUACAGCGUUAACGACGAUAUCCAUUUCAACUUCUCUUUCCGACUCCAGGGUGAGGAAAAUGUAACCGGGAUGAUCUUCAAGUUCACUUCAGAAACGUUAAUGUUCCUUCCGGUGGCCGAUAGGAGUUUGACGGAUCAAAUAAGCUGGCUUUAUGACAAAGCGGAAGCGACCGGCUCCACCGUCCUGCAAGACCGGACUUCUAACUUGACAUUCAACGAGGUUUAUGAUGACAGCGAUAACAGCAUUAGCGUAUCAUUCCCUUUUCGAGGUUGGGCGUCAGAAGAUUUCUAUGGACAAAUGACAAUGGUUGUUCGCGACACCAUUGGACCGGGUAGAAAAUUGAACUGUAAAGCUGUUAUAUCCUACUAUCUUGGAGCCCAGUUUAAGUUUGUCUCUCGUGAGAUCGAAUCUACGUAUACCUUCUCGGAAUUACCCAGACUGAGCUUGACCUUAGACUAUCCGGUGUACCUGAGGGUUUUGGAAACCACCACCGUAAGGUUCAGUAUGGAUCUACCUCACGGACUCACUGAAGGCUCAGUACAAAUGGUCAUGCCAAUUUCAUCCUCAGACAGUAUCCCUCAAAUGUCUCUCCAAGAUUUUCGUGUGAAAGCGAACCAGUCGAUCCCGUCAGAGGAAGUGUCGGCCCUGUCUUGUACUUACGACUCCCAGACGCUAGAUGGCAUGAACGACUUGGCUAUCAUCAGCCCGUUGGAUCUGAUGGUCAACGACACCAACAGUCCCGGAAACGAGCUAGAAUUAGAUUUCGAUGUGCAGACGGAGAUUUAUCGAGGGAUAGAGAACGUCUCCGAGAUUUGGAUCGGAGGAGGCAUGAAAUUUGGCAAUUCCUUCUUAUGGGUGGCAGAGAUUCCGGUAUUUCUCCUAGACGAUUACGACCGGACAGUUCACCUCAAGCAUAACGUUUCAUACAUCAGCGAAUAUGGUUACGACGGAGAAAUGUUUGUAACGGUGGAGGUAACUUUCGGACAUGAGGAUUUUUCAACGGACCACGCCUACGACGUAACGCUGAUGGUGUACAUGAUGCCGCUCAUGAAGUCGGUGACGUUAGUGGGGUCUCACCUUCUAGGAGAACAUGGUUCAGUACAAAACACCGGAAGGUUCAUAGUCACGAUAGGAAGGGUACUGUUAGACACGAACCCCUCAGUGAGGCUGAACAUCAGUUUUGAUGCCACGGAUUACAGAUUUGGGAAAAGUGAUACAUUCAUUGUGAUAACGGAGUUGUUUUACUAUGGCGGCUACGUAAACAGCACGGAACAAGCCAGUGAACUUCAGCAUAUUAUAUUCCAGAUGAAUAUAGAUUCAGCAAAGCAAUUAACAUUUACCGAUGGUGCCACCUGCGCAUGCGCAUUCGACCCGUUUCGUUCCGAUUGUGGCUGCUGUAGACCAGGAGGCUGCCAAUGUGGAGUAGUGAACCCAGCAAAAUGUAGCGACUGCCAGAAACCGUGGCGAUGCCAGCCAUACAUUACCGGAUUUGCCCAGGAGAGUCAUGUGGAUGGAGAGUACGUAUGCAGAGCGUAUCAGCUAUACAGACCAAUGCAAUCCGGCGUAUCCUGUUACAGAGAAAAACCAGCUGGGAUUUGGACCAAUUUGAAUCCAGCUGUUGGCAUUAUAGUAGGAAAGGACUCGCUCACAGGAACCUUGUACGGAAUCUCCAACAAUGGCAAAGGUAUCGUUAAGAGCGAGGACGAGGGCAGAACAUGGGCCUCCAUAAGCACUGUUAUCUGGGAGAAGGCAACCAGCGAACCGAACUAUGUCAAUGCUACGUAUACAGGCUAUUAGUUUACCGCCUGUAAAACACUGCCUGUCGAACAAGUAUCAAGGAAAGCUUGACAGGGAAAGCAACUGUUUUGAUUUGUUUUAUGUAUCAGCACAUUUGUAUCUAUA